UGCAAAGGAAAAGGUAUCCUGCAGUUUGGGUAAAAUGGUAAAACGAAGGAGAUGACUAGUGACUCAGUGAGUGGGUUCGAAUUACAAAAUCCUAAAACCCUAAAUUUCAAAAUCUCAGCCUCUCUCCAUGUCGAAUCAAAUGCUAAUCAAAUCCUUUGUUACAAAGAGAAAAUUCUCCGAUCUUAAAGAUGUUUUCCCGAGGAAAUUAUCCCGUCUUAGUACACUCUGCUCUUCUUCAUCUACCAUCCCCAAAAGCCCUUGCCCACCUAGAGAUGACGUAGCUGUCAUCGCCGAGCUCAUAGAGAAGCAGCACUGGUCAAACCUCAAACUCCAUGUCAAAGACACAAACCCCAACGAACUCUUUCACCAGCUGAUAAGUUCCAAGCUUGACCCAGAGUUAUGCCUCCGCUACUACAUCUGGUUAGCGAACAACCGUAACAUCUCGCUAUCGCUAGAGCUCACGUUUAACCUCUUGCACUCUCUCGCGAACGCCAAAAAGUACUCUAAGAUCCGAUCUUUCCUCCAUGGGUUUGUCAAGAAACGAUCCGAUCAUCCAAUUCACUCGAUCUUCCACGCGAUCUCGCUCUGUGACAACGUCUGCGUGAAUUCGAUUCUCGCUGAUAUGCUUGUGCUGGCUUACGCGAACAACUCGAGGUUCGCGUCAGCGUUAGAGGCGUUUAAGCGCGCAGGCUAUUAUGCCUUUAAGUUAUCCGCUCUCUCUUGUAAGGCUUUGAUGGUUGCGUUGCUGAACGAGAAGAGGUUUGCGGAUGUUGAGUUUGUGUACAAGGAGAUGGUCAGGAGACGGAUUCAACCGAAUGUGUUUACUUUCAAUGUAGUGAUCAACUCUUUCUGCAAGAUAGGGAAGAUGGAGAAAGCUAAGGAUGUUAUGGAGGAUAUGAAAGUGUAUGGGACUUCUCCUAAUGUGGUUAGUUAUAAUACUCUUAUUGAUGGGUAUUGUAAGCUUGGUGGGAUUGGGAAGAUGUACAAAGCGGACGCGGUGUUGAAGGAGAUGGUGGAGAGUAAGGUGUCUCCGAAUUUGACUACUUUCAAUAUAUUGAUCGAUGGGUUUUGGAAAGAUGGGAACUAUUCGGGGAGUAUGAAGGUGUUUAGAGAGAUGCUGGAACAAGAUGUGAAACCGAAUGUGGUUACUUAUAACUCGCUGAUUAAUGGUUUGUGCAGUGGAGGGAAGGUAAGCGAGGCGACUUGUAUGCAUGAUGAGAUGGUGAGUGCAGGUGUGGAGCCUAACUUGGUUACUCACAACUCUCUUAUAAACGGGUUUUGCAAGAACGGUAUGAUGAAGGAAGCUCUUGAUAUGUUUGAGUCACUAAAAGGCCGAGGGAUUGUUCUCACUGCUAAAACGUAUAACAUCCUGAUCGAUGCGUAUUGUAAGUCGGGGAAAGUGGAGGAUGGGUUUGGAUUGAAAGAAGAGAUGGAACGAGAAGGGAUUGUAGCCAACGUUGAAACUUAUAACUGCUUGAUUGGUGGUUUGUGUAGAAACGGUAGCAUGGAAGCAGCUAAGAAGCUUUUUGAUCAGUUGAGUGGUAAAGCGCUUCCUGAUCUUGUGACGUAUCACAUACUCAUGGAUGGUUACUGCAGCAGAGGAGAAACGAGAAAAGCAGCGAUGCUUUUGAAAGAAGGGAUAUCAAAGAUGGGUCUGAAGCCGAGACAUCUGACGUAUAACAUUCUGAUGGAAGGCUACUGUAAGGAAGGGAAUCUGAAAGGAGCGGCGAACGUGAGGAUGCAGAUGGAGAAAGAGAGGCGGUUGCGGAUGAACGUAGCGUCGUAUAAUGUGCUUCUACAAGGAUAUUCCCAGAAGGGGAAGAUGGAGGAUGCUAACAGGCUUUUGAAUGAGAUGCUGGAGAAAGGUCUAAUCCCGAACCGGAUAACGUAUGAGAUUGUUAAAGCAGAAAUGGUAGAUAAAGGUUUUGUUCCAGAUAUUCAAGGGCAUCUAUUUAACGUCUCCACUAAAUCAUAACCUUUCAAUGAUCGGCCUGAGAAGCAAUCACUUGCCUUGUGGCCUUGUGUUAUCAUCACAGGUCACCCAUACUCGAUCUCUUCCUCAUGGGAAAAAAUGUGCUCAUUGUAACCAAAGAAGAGAGUGACCAGAAUCUUUGUUCUAGCAUAGACACUGCUUAUGCCUACAGGGUUCCUGGGAUAUAUAUAAAGCUUGAGCUUCAGUUUGGAAACUGGGGGAAACUUGUUGUAAUCUUAUUGUUUACUAACCAUAAUGUGCGUCUGUUAGUAUAGGUUGCCAUGUAAUAACGAGAUUAUUAUACAUAUAAUUGAAACUUUGAUCAACAAAA